AUGCCACACCAUGGCAGGCUGUCGGACAUAUCCAACUCGGCGAGGGACUGGACUUUGUGGUUCGCUUCAGUAUUGGCGGCGGCUGUCGUAAUCAACAUUGCCGCCAGCUCGUACAUGGCACAGGGAACGCUACCGUCCGUUACGAAAUCUCGAACGGCGCCAAUUGUCCAUUAUAUGCCAAAGCAGAGAGCUUUGGCGUCAGCAGGACUGACCGAAAUCGCAGCGGAGUCUACUUCUGUCCAUCUGCAUGGGUUGUCGCGACGGGACCAGUGUGCCUCGCCGGGAGCGGAAGAAACGGUUUCCGAUCUUCCUUUGCGCAUAGGAGCGGUCUUCAUCAUCCUCGCCGUAUCGUUCGGGGCCUGCGUGUUCCCCAUACUUGCUGCCCGAUUUUCUAGAUUGAAGAUGCCCGCGGACUUCUUCUUUGCUGUUCGGCAUUUUGGUACUGGUGUUCUCUUGGCAACGGCUUUUGUGCACCUGUUGCCGACAGCGUUUAUACUGCUUGGCGAUCCGUGUCUCCCGGCGUUCUGGAAUGAAGACUAUCCGGCAGUUCCUGGGGCCAUCGCCCUCACAGGCAUAUUUAUCGUUAAAUCUGUGGAGAUGCUCUUACAUCCUGCUCAGAGACUCUCAGGAGCGGCGGCGCACGCAGAGCCCGGAGGUUUGCAAGCAAGAUCGACGCGCGGAAACCGUUCCCUCAGCAUGAACCAGUCCCUGUCGCAGAUCGGCCGCGGUCAACCUCCGCUGGAAGAAUUAGACGCUCCGAACCAGGGCUCCGAGAUCUUGAUGAUGCAAACAAUAAGUCACGAUAAGCUCAACCCAGAGCAGCAACUCAAGAAGGAAACAUUGCAUGUACUUCUCCUGGAGAUGGGCAUAUUGUUCCACAGUGUCUUCAUUGGAAUGGCGCUCAGCGUGUCCUUUGACGCAAAGGAGUUUGUAAUCCUCUUGGUUGCAAUUGUGUUUCAUCAGACUUUCGAAGGCCUUGCUCUGGGGGCCCGAAUAUCUGCCAUCGAUUGGCGGGAGAGAAAGCUACAGCCUUUUCUUAUGGCUGCAGCUUAUGGUUGCACGACGCCCCUUGGCCAAGUAAUCGGGCUGGCAGCGCGGUCUGCGUAUAGCCCAGAUUCUCAAGUCGGUCUGAUCUUGGUUGGAGUCAUGAAUGCUUUAUCCUCGGGACUUCUUGUUUUUGCUUCUCUCGUAGAGCUCUUGUUCGAAGACCUUUUGACUGAUGAAAGCUGGAGAGUUUUAAGGGGGAAGCGUAGGGUGUUUGCUUGUCUCCUCGUCCUCGCUGGUGCAUUUGGCAUGAGCCUAGUCGGCGCAUGGGCUUAA